AAGGCUUUCUGCGUGUCCCAGGAGACGCACAAACGUCUAUUUGCCAUCGCUCAGGAAGAACAGCCUCCUAUUCUGGUUUUAAAUUUGAUUGUGGUAGAAGCUCAAGGUCUGGAAGCUAAAGAUCCUAACGGUUACAGUGAUCCUUACUGCAUGUUAGGCAUUCAACCGGGAAGCGGAACGGAAGACGGAAGAAGAUACAGUUGGGAAGACGAAGUGGCGGAGAAAAGCAAGGGAAGCCCGAGAAGGUUGAGAAAAUUUGGCGCUUCGUUAAAAAGAAGAGAGAGGAAUCGCAGUAACAGUCUGUCGGACACACUUCCUGCCAAGUUCAUUAGAACCACGACAGUUAAGCCCCAAACGCUUUGUCCCAAAUGGAACGAAACCUUCCGCCUGGACAUUGAAGAUAUCCGUUCCGAUCGCCUUCAUCUCGAUAUCUGGGACCACGAUGACGAAUCGUCGGUUUUCGAUGCUGCUCGAAAAUUAAACGAAAUAUCCGGUUUGAAAGGCCUGGGUCGAUAUUUUAAACAAAUUGCCCAAUCUGCCAGAACCAGCGCGGGAGAGAGCAUCGAUGACUUUCUCGGUUGCGUCAACAUUCCUCUAGAAGACAUCCCGUCUUGCGGUUUAGCCAAAUGGUUUCCGUUAGAAGGCAGAUCCCACCGAUCCAGCGUCCAAGGACAAAUUUACUUAAAAUUAAAUUUAGGUACGAGAGAAGAUCGUGGCAGCGCGGUGGACGAGGACAAUUGGAAAGAAGUCGUGGAACAUCAAGAGCUACUUUGGAUGUUUAUCGAAUACGAAUUAUCGCAACACCAAGGACCGACUUCCGAGUGGGCGGGAGAUUUAUCGCAAGCGGCACUGACUAUUCUGCAUCAACACGCUAUUCAAGGAGAUCUUACCGAAUUACAACAGGCGAUGUGCCGUUGGGUCACGUAUAGUCGAAAACACAUGGAGGUAUCGCUCGAUUAUGCUCUACUUUAUCAACUUUUGGAAGAUUUUAACAAGUCUUGGGGAGAUAUCGAAAAUCCUUUAUCUAGAGACGAGGAGGCAGCGGUUGCGGAUUCUUUCAAUAUGUUUUUGGAUUAUUGUCUGGAAGUGCUGCAGAAACAUCGAGAGCUCUUUCCACCGGCUAAUGAACAAGCGCAGAACAAAUUAGUUCAUUUGCUCAAAUGCCUGUCAUUGAUUCACAAUUUGCAAGCAUUUAAAUGGUGUUGUCCCUUCAGACACGAACUUCACGUGGAAGUUAUAAAUUCAUUAAAGAAAGGAACUGGAGAAUCUUUUCAUACAUGGUACGAACAAACGACAUCCGAGAAAAAAGAUAUUUCUCUUCAAAAUCUGUUAGAUUUAGUACAUAUUCUGAAUAAAGACAUUCAAGAAGGAUUACUUUACUACAACCAAUUGUUUGAAAGCAUUGUUGGUGUAAAUUAUGCAAUGGUGACAUACAAGCAGAUCGAAAAACUGCUCUCAGAUGAUGUAGCAAUUAGGCUACAGAAUGAGAUGGCAGAGAAAAAUUUCGGUAAUCAGGUGGAACAAGUGUGUAAUCAGGUGUCGGAAACAAACUCGUUAAGCAGAUCGACUUCUAACGUGCUUACGAUGGGAACAUCGAUGUUCGAACUGUACAUGGCCCUUCAGGAAUUUUCACGAUUCAGAGAAAAUCUUCCUUUAGAAGAAAGAAAGCAUUUAUCCAUUACAAACUUUUAUCUAUGGUUUUCCAAUUCUGUUCGUCAAUGGUUUCAAAUUGCCAAAAUAAAAUCCAGACAGAGAAUUAAGAAAGCUGUAGAGUUGGAUAAAGUAACAUUCAUGGAUUCUUACGUUAAAUGUAGUACAUCGGCAAUUGAUGUUACGACAUGUUUUGCGCAAAUAAAAGAGUUUUGGAGACAAUUAGCUUGGCCCGAUUUAGCUGGUUCUUACCAAUACGCCCUUAAGAUUAUUGAAAUAGUCUGUGACGGUGCAGUAUACUAUGCAAAUCUCAGCCAUAAUAAAUUAAGUGACGUAAAAUUAACGGAAGAGGGAAAAUAUGAAGUAUCCGAAGAGCUUUGUAUAACUGUAAAUAAUAUAGAACACGUACUUCAAGCAAUGCAACCCUUGCCUGAAGAACUGGGAUUAGAUGCAAUAUUGCACGCCAUCGAGCAAAAUCAAGGGCAGUCUGCAGCCGGUAAAUGUCACGAUACAAUUUGGGAAAUAUUACGAAAUGCCGAAGAUGAAGUAAUUACUAAAAUUCAGACAAUCAUUUUUGGUGUAAUUAAAAAGAUGCUUCCCGAAAUUAAAAAAUUUGUCUUCCAUCUGGCUUGGGCUCCCGAGAAACUCGACGCAGACAGUGCAAUUAGCCCUCUUUUGGAAUUUUUGGACGAAAAACUACGAACGUUAUAUAACAAUACUUUAACCGCCAACUUCGAUAGGAUUUUGGAAACUCUGUGGACCGUAGUACUGCACGAACUGACUCAUACUGCCAGAAGUAACACUGGUGUACGUUGUGCGAAUAUCCAUAAACUUUCCCUACAGAAAGAGAAAUUAGCAUUUUUUGAAAGAUUAUCCGCAUCUUUAGUUUGCCUCAUGGAAUUUUUCCAUGCCAACGGUAAAGGCCUUACCUUGCAAACUGUUCAUAACGCUGCCUACCAGGAAUUAGAUCAUUUAUUGAAACUGCACAAGUCUGAUACAACACAUCUUAUUGAACUUUAUUGUUUGCAAAGAAUAGAAGAUCAACAAAAGUUACAAAAAUCCGAUUAUGGCAGUUUGACCAUUAAAGCAUUUUACAAUGCUGCUGCAGAGAGCCUCUGUAUAGAUGUAUUAAAUGCAAAAGAUUUAAUUCCGCUCGAUCCCACCGGUUUCAGCGAUCCUUUUGUAAUAAUAGAGUUGGUACCAAAGCAUUUCUUUCACGAUUGUCCCAAACAGAAGACGAAAGUACAGAAGAAGACUUUGUUUCCUUUAUUUGAUGAAAGCUUUGAAUUCGCACUAACCACAGAAAUGUGCAGAAGAGAAGGUACUGCAGUGUGCUUUACGAUUAUGGAUCACGAUAUGAUGACGAGAAACGAUUACGAAGGGGAAACCUAUCUUUCGUUGGCUUGUAUUCCCGGUGUUGAGGGCGAACCCAUUAAAGACGUAAAACCCAUAGAAUUGUUGUUAAUGCACCCCGAUAACAAGGAUGAAAUAAUCCUGACUUUGGAAUCACGAAUUUGGGACAAAGAAGCUCAAGAAUUCGUUAAACAGCAGCGCAAACAUCGCUGAAAAUGGUGCCUGUGAUUAUAAAAAGAGCAUUGUUUUUCCUGAUUUGAAAAUUAUU